AUGAAGCAGUGGCCAAAGUUAAUUAGAAGCACGCGGAGUCUAAUCAAGUGGGUUCAAUCGCAACCAGAAAGCGAUGUGCGACGUGAGAUCCUGUCUAAGGUGCCCCAGAUGAACAUGUACUCUGAAAUUAAACCUCGGAUUGUGGCGAUGCCCACGGAACCCGAGGAAAAUCUGAGCGCGCUGACACCGCAAAUAUCGGACGAGGAUCUCGACAAAGGCAUUCGUCGCUGGGAUGCACAACUAAAUCGAUCUAGUACUUCAUCGCGACUGAAACUAGCACUAGAAGGAGGACUCGCCAUUCUCUCGGACUGCGUUCGGAACAUCUGCUUGCUGCAGAAGUCGCAGGCCACGUCCAAGCAACUGUGUUCUCCGGCCCAAUCGACGGCGUUCCAAGCCUAG